AUGGAGCCUGAAACACAGAAGGAAUCGCGCGGACCUCAAAGCCAAUUCCAAUCCGGCCAUGAGGUCCCCGUCCAGCAACAAAAGAAGCCAGGCCUUCAAUCCCAGAUGGAGAAGCCUCAGCCUACCUCAACACAGAUCCCUUCCGAAGACCAGGGAUACCAGACAUACAAGGCCGCUGGCAAGUUAACAGGAAAGAAGGCCAUCAUUACUGGCGGCGACUCUGGCAUCGGUCGUGCGGUCGCCAUUCUGUACGCGAUGGAGGGCGCCUCAAGCUUGAUUGCCUACCUACCAGAGGAAGAGGAGGAUGCGCAGGAGACGAAGCGACGGGUUGAGGAAGCCGGGCAGAAGUGCUAUCUCUUUGCUGCGGAUCUGCGCAAGAAGGAGAACUGCAAGAAGGUCAUCGACACAGCGUUGGAGAAGCUAGGAGGAAUCGAUAUCUUGGUCAACAACGCCGGAACGCAGACUAUGCUUCCUGAUAUCAGCGAUUUGGACGAGUCUCAAUGGGAAAGCACGUUCGACACAAACAUCCACCCCGUGUUCUACCUCUCCAAGUACGCAAUGCCGCACCUGAAGUCCGGCUCUUCCAUCAUCAACUGCGCUUCCGUCAACCCUUACAUCGGCCGGCCCGAUCUCCUCGACUACACAUCGACCAAGGGCGCCAUUGUUGCGUUCACUCGUGGCCUGUCGAACCAGCAAUGCAGCAAGGGUAUUCGUGUCAACGCCGUGUGUCCCGGACCAGUCUGGACUCCUCUCAUCCCAGCAACGAUGACCACCGAAGCUAUCGAGCAGUUCAGUGGCGUGCCGAUGGGUCGUGCAGGACAGCCUAGCGAAAUCGCAACCUGCUUUGUGUUCCUCGCCAGUCAGGACAGCAGCUACAUCUCUGGACAGAGCUUGCACCCCAACGGAGGUGUUGUUCUCAACGGUUAA